AAUCUCGGAUGGAUUCAGGUGUUUCUCUUUCUACAUUCGUCAAUCAAAUUGGACACUGUCGUCUCCUCUGGCUGGCCUUGGGCCUUUUCCUUUUCCUUUUCCUUUUGGAGGUGCGCGCAUGGCCCUACCGGUUAAGGUCAGCAGAUGCAAUGCAAAGAUGGGUGGAUGGAUGACGCUAGCUUAGUAGCUUGCUCACACAGCUUAUUAGCAGCUCUGUCCUACUACUAUGACUCCCUAUAAGCAAGAAGUCAUCAUUGCAACAACUAGUUGCCCCUUGCUUUCUUCUUGCAGACUGCUGCCUGGUUCUUGCCUUGCUUCCAUUCCAUUGAUAUAUCAUCAUCACCACACAUACUACUCUCGUAGAUAAUCGUAGCUAGCAGCAGUAGAGAGCUCCAGCCGACAUAUGCCCAUGGCUCUCGAGUCAUGGCUCUCCAAGGUCCGGUCGGCCAUGUUGUCCUCCGGGGCGCCGCCGGGCCCCAGGAAGACCGGCGUCGGCAUCCUUGCCUUCGAGGUCGCCAGCCUCAUGUCCAAGCUCCUCCACGUGUGGCGCGCCGUCGGGGACGCCGCCAUCGCGCGCCUCCGCCACGACACCAUCAACCUCGACGGCGUCCGCAAGGUCGUCUCCGACGACGACGACUUCCUCCUCAGCCUCGCCUGCGCCGAGCUCGUCGACGCGCUCAGGGCCGCCUCCGACUCCGUCGCCGCGCUCGCCGCGCGCUGCGCGGACCCCGCCCUCCGUGACUUCAGGGACGCCUUCUUGGAGCUGGCCGACACCGGCCGCGACCGCCACCGGUGGGCGGCGCCCAGCUGGAAGGACAUGGACACGAGGGCGCACAAGAUGGAGAAGCAGGUGGCCAGCACCUCCGCGCUCCGCAGGGCCAUGGAGGAGCUAGCAGAGGCCGAGCACGGCCUCCGGAAGCUCCUCCACCUCCAGUGCGGCGGCAACGGAGCAUGCCACCGGCGCAGCCUGUCGGCGAGCAAGAUCUCGGUCGCAGCGGAGCAGCAGCAGCUGAUUUUCUCCAAGAAGCAGGAGGUGAAGCACCUCAAGCAGACAUCGCUGUGGGGCUGCACCUUGGACGCCGUCGUCGCGUCGCUGGCGAGGGUGGCAUUCACCACCCUCGCGCGAAUCAAGGUCGUCUUCGGCGUCGGCGCCGGGCAAGAAGAUGAGCGCCACCCGCCGCUCUACCGCAGCCUCACGCUCUCCUCAGCGGUCCACCCGUCAUCCUUGGACGCGCCGCCGCCGCCGUCGCGCAAGUCCAUGUCAAUGGAGGAGAUGCUGUUGGACGGCCGAUCCCUGGCUUCUUGGAAACGUAGUGGCGGAUUCUUGGAUGAAUGCUCGGCGGCGCUGACGCCUCCGCCGGGUACGCUGGGCGCGGCGGCGCUGGCGCCGCGGUACGCCGCGGUGGUGAUCUCGAUCGAGCGGAUGGCAAGGUCGCCUCGGCAGGUCGGUCCCGAGGAGCGGGACGAGCUGUACGGCAUGCUGACGGCGAGCGUGCGCGCGCAGCUCCGGGCGCGGCUUCGCGGGGCGGUGGCGGCGGCGGACCCCGGGCUGGCCGGGCAGUGGCGUGCGGCGCUGGCGGGGAUCCUGGAGUGGCUGGCGCCGAUGGCGCACGCGAUGGUGCGAUGGCAGGCGGAGCGCAGCUUGGAGCGGAGCAGGAACACGGCGGCGGCGCUUGCGCCUGGGGGCAACACGAACACGAACGUGCUGCUGCUGCUGCAGACGCUGCACAUGGCGGACCGCGGCAAGGUGGAGGCCGCGCUGGUGGAGCUGCUCGUGGGGCUCAACUACGUGUGGCGCUUCGACAAGGAGAUGAUGAUCUAUUAUUCAUGGCACCUAGCUUCCUAGCUAGCUGAUGGCAAUUGAUGGCAAGACCGUCCGGCGAGGAGGUUGAUCGAUCGGCGGCGAGGAGGUUUUGAUCGAUCGGCGGCGAGGCAGAGGCAGAUUUGCUGAUUGGAUUUUCUUUUUCUUUCCUUUUGGCUUCUGUAUACAAUAACAAGAACCACUAGUCCACUAGUCUAUCUGCAUGGAUUUUUGUGGAAACUGGGGGCGGAUGGAAUCUUGCAUUGAUGCGUGUAGUAGUAUAUACAAACCACUAAUUAAAGAAAGAAAGAAAGAUUAUGGCCUCAAA